ACGUCGUACACAAAACUGAAUCAUGUAUUCAAAGAAAGAAUUAAAAAACCAAAAGGAAAUCUGGGUUUGUAUGUAUCCAUGUGCAUUACAGAGACAAAACAAAAGCCUGAAAAUACGUGGUAUAUAAUAUAGAUAGAGUAGGAAGCCAAAUUGUAGACGUUGCAUUUAUAUACAGACAAAGAUAUGCCUCUCUCACCAUUUUUGUGAGCUUGACCAAGAAUAAAAAAGAGAGAGAAAGAGAAUCAGAGAAGCCUUUUGGUGAGCAUAAAGUGUCCAAACAAAUGAAACAAUAGAGAAAACAAGAUGCUGAUGUGAGAGUGAAGAAGCGCACUACAGGUUCUGACUGCAGAUGCUAGUUUUGGUAAUUGAUUAAUGCUAUAUCAUAGAGAGUGUUACGUGGGUGCUUCUUUCAAUGAGGAUUAUAUAUUGAGGUUUUCGAGAUUUGAGCUCUCCAACAUAGUUUGAGCUGUAGUUGCUACAAGUAUGGCUUCCUUGAAGGGUUCUGUACUUGGGAUCACUUCUCAGAUUUGUGAUGGAGAAUUUGAUCUUGGUUCUUACUGCACUCAAAGGACUAUGAUUAAUGCAGUAAAUCUUCUCUUCCUCUUUCUUUUUUGCUUAUUUACUCUUAUAGCUUCUAUAAGGAAGCAUUAUAGUAGUAGUAGUCCAUCCAGAAGGGAUAGAUUCUCAGUAGUGGUUUCAGUCUGUUGUGCUCUUACUGGUAUUGCCUAUUUUGGUGCUGGAUUGUGGAUUCUGAUAGCCAAUAAUGAUGAUCUAUCAAAUUGUUUUGAGAGCUGGUUGGAUUACCUUGUUAGAGGACUAGUUUGGAUUUCCUUCACAAUUUCCUUGCUUGUUCAAAGGUCUAAAUGGAUCAAAAUUCUGAACUCUGUUUGGUGGGUGUCCUCCUUUUCAUUGGUCUCGGCUGUAAACAUAGAAAUACUAACAAGAACCCAUAGCAUUUGUAUUUUUGAUGUGCUGACAUGGCCAGUGAGCUUCUUACUUCUAUUGUGUGCUGUUAGAAACCUCAGCCACUUUAUUCAUGACCAAAGCCAAGAAAAUAGCAUAUCAGAGCCUCUAUUAGCCAAAAAGUCUGCUGAAAAGAGCCAGAAAACACAACUAGGCAAUGCCGGUUUCCUUAGCAAAUUGACAUUUUCUUGGAUCAAUCCUUUACUCACUUUAGGCUACUCAAAGGCAUUAGCUCCUGAAGACAUACCAUAUCUGGUUUCAGAAGAUGAAGCAGAUUUAGCAUACCAAAAAUUUGCUCAAGCAUGGGAGUCCCUGUCAAGGGAUAAGAGCUCAAGCAGUACCAGAAACCUGGUUAUGAGAGCAAUAGCAAAAGUUUACUUGAAAGAGAAUAUAUGGAUUGCCUUUUGUGCAUUCCUCAGGACAAUUGCAGUUGUAGUUUCUCCUCUUAUACUCUAUGCAUUUGUAAAUUAUUCCAAUGCCGAGGAGGAAAAUUUUUCCCAAGGCCUCAUCAUAGUGGGGUGCCUAAUUAUCACCAAAGUAGUCGAGUCUUUCACCCAGAGACAUUGGUUCUUUGACUCAAGGAGGUCUGGAAUGAGAAUGAGGUCGGCUUUGAUGGUCGUAGUUUAUCAAAAGCAGCUGAAACUCUCUAGUGUGGGAAGGAGAAGGCACUCAGCUGGGGAGAUAGUUAACUAUAUAGCAGUUGAUGCUUACAGAAUGGGAGAGUUCCCAUGGUGGUUCCAUUCAACAUGGAGCUUUGCAUUGCAAUUACUUCUUGCCAUUGGAGUUCUUUUCAGGGUGGUGGGGGUUGGUGCUCUACCGGGUUUAAUUCCUCUAUUCAUUUGCGGUCUUCUAAAUGUGCCUUUUGCAAAGGCACUUCAGAAGUGUCAGUCCCAGUUCAUGAUAGCACAAGAUGAGAGGCUUAGAGCCACUUCUGAGAUCCUAAACAGUAUGAAGAUCAUUAAGUUACAAUCCUGGGAAGAGAAAUUCAAAAACUCUGUCAAUUCCCUUCGAGAAAGAGAAUUCAAAUGGUUGUCUGAGGGACAAUUUAGAAAGGCUUAUGGAACUUUACUCUACUGGAUGUCACCAACCAUUAUCUCUUCUGUUGUUUUUCUAGGGUGUAUCCUUUUCAAAAGUGUCCCUCUGAAUGCAAGUACUAUAUUCACAGUUUUAGCUUCACUAAGGAGCAUGGGAGAACCUGUGAGAAUGAUACCAGAGGCUCUUUCAGUAAUGAUCCAAGUCAAGGUCUCAUUUGAUCGGCUAAAUGAUUUUUUGCUUGAUGAUGAGUUGAAAGAUGAUGAGAUAAGGAAGCUUCCAUCACCAAAUUCAGAUGAGAGCUUGAGAAUACAAAAAGGCAUUUUCAGUUGGUAUCCUGAAUCAGCAAUUCAAACACUGAAAGAAGUGAACCUAGAAGCAAAAUGUGAGCAGAAAAUUGCAGUUUGUGGACCAGUUGGAGCUGGAAAAUCAUCACUUUUAUUUGCUAUACUUGGAGAGAUGCCCAAAAUUUCAGGAACUGUCGAUGUAUUUGGAACCAUAGCCUAUGUUUCUCAAACUUCUUGGAUACAAAGUGGGACAGUUCGUGAUAACAUACUCUAUGGGAAGCCAAUGGACAAGAACAAAUAUGAGAAGACUAUAAAAGCUUGUGCUUUGGAUAAGGACAUAAAUAGUUUUGAUCAUGGUGAUCUUACUGAAAUAGGCCAGAGGGGAAUUAACAUGAGUGGAGGGCAAAAGCAAAGGAUUCAGCUGGCCCGAGCUGUCUAUAGUGAUGCUGAUAUCUACCUCCUAGAUGACCCAUUCAGUGCAGUAGAUGCACACACUGCCGCAAUUCUGUUUCAUGAUUGUGUCAUGGAUGCUCUAGCAAAGAAGACUGUGAUUCUCGUGACUCAUCAAGUCGAAUUUCUGUCAGAAGUUGACAAAAUUCUGGUAAUGGAGCGCGGACAAGUUACUCAAUCCGGAAGCUAUGAGAGUCUCUUGACUGCUGGAACAGCAUUUGAGCAACUGGUGAAUGCUCAUAGAGAUGCAGUAACUACAUUAGGUCCUUCAAAUAAUCAAAGCCAAGUAGAACCGGAAAAGACAGAUAUGAUCCGGCAUGAGGAGUCUGUAACUAAUCUCACUAGAUACAGCAGUGAAGGGGACACUUCUGUGAAGGCUUCACCCACAGUGCAACUAACAGAAGAUGAAGAAAAAGAGAUUGGUGAUGUUGGAUGGAAGCCCUUCUGGGAUUACAUUUUUGUUUCCAAGGGAACACUUCUGCUAGCAAUAGGCAUAAUGGCACAGGCUGGUUUUGUUUGUUUUCAGGCUGGUUCAACUUAUUGGCUGGCUCUCGCCAUUCAAAAUCCUAGUAUAACUAGUCUUACACUCGUCGGUGUCUACACUGCAAUCUCAACACUCAGUGCUGUAUUUGUCUAUCUGAGGUCAACCUUUGCAGCACAUCUGGGACUAAGAGCUUCUAGAACAUUUUUUGAUGGUUUCACAGAUGCCAUCUUUAAGGCUCCCAUGUUGUUCUUUGACUCAACUCCUGUAGGGAGGAUUUUGACACGAGCUUCAUCAGAUUUAAGUAUCUUGGAUUUUGACAUACCUUUCUCCAUUAUCUUUGUUGUGUCUGCUGGUAUGGAAUUGCUGACAUGGAUUGGAAUAAUGGCUUCUGUCACAUGGCAAGUUCUCAUUGUAGCCGUUCUCACCAUGGUUGCUUCAAAAUAUGUUCAGAGCUACUAUCAAGCGUCUGCAAGGGAACUAAUAAGAAUUAAUGGAACAACCAAAGCUCCUGUUAUGAAUUAUGCAGCCGAGACAUCACUUGGAGUGGUCACUAUCAGAGCUUUUAAAAUGGCUGACACGUUCUUCCAAAAGUACCUAGAGCUAGUUGACACAGAUGCAAGACUGUUCUUUCAUUCGAAUGCAACAAUGGAGUGGUUAAUUAUAAGAACAGAAGCACUUCAAAAUGUGACUCUUUUUGUUGCUGCUUUUCUCCUUAUUUCACUUCCCAAGGGUUAUGUUGCUCCAGGGCUUGUGGGGCUUUCUCUUUCUUAUGCUUUGACACUAACAAUGACACAAAUUUUUGUGAUCCGGUGGUAUUGUAACUUAUCAAACUACAUCAUCUCAGUUGAAAGGAUAAAACAGUUCAUGCAGAUUCCACCAGAGCCUCUGGCUAUUGUGGAGGACAAGAGACCACCAUCUUCAUGGCCUACAAAGGGAAGGAUAGAGCUGCAUUCUCUCAAGAUAAAAUAUCGUCCAAAUGCUCCACUGGUUCUCAAGGGAAUUUCAUGCACAUUCAAAGAAGGGACUAGAGUAGGAGUUGUGGGAAGGACAGGAAGCGGAAAGACUACACUUAUAAGUGCUUUGUUUCGGUUAGUAGAGCCAAACAGCGGUAAAAUUAUCAUAGAUGGACUUGACAUCUGCUCUAUGGGUCUAAAGGAUUUAAGAAUGAAGCUCAGCAUCAUCCCUCAAGAACCAACUCUUUUCAAGGGUAGCAUCAGAACCAACUUGGAUCCUCUUGGUCUUUACUCCGAUGAUGAAAUAUGGAGGGCUCUAGAGAAGUGUCAGCUGAAGGCAACAGUCAGCAGUCUACCUAAUCUGCUAGAUUCAUCUGUUAGUGAUGAAGGGGAAAAUUGGAGUGCUGGGCAACGCCAGCUGUUUUGCCUUGGCAGAGUCCUUCUGAAGAGGAACAGAAUCCUAGUGCUAGAUGAGGCUACUGCUUCCAUCGAUUCUGCAACAGACGCCAUUCUACAAAGAAUCAUCAGGCAGGAAUUUGCGGAAUGCACAGUGAUGACGGUUGCUCAUAGGGUUCCAACAGUUAUAGAUAGUGACAUGGUCAUGGUCCUCUCCUAUGGGAAGCUAGUGGAGUAUGAAGAACCUUCAAAGCUCUUGGAUACCAACUCAUACUUCUCCAAGCUUGUAGCUGAAUAUUGGUCAAGCUGUAGAGGAAACUGAACAACAAUUUCCAAUGCUGCAUACAAGACAGACCUGGCUAAUAUCCAACAGAUCACGUGGAAGAGAGCAUGGAAUUAUCUGUUAUAGUUUUAGUAAUCAAUGUAAUAUUCUUAGCCAAAUAAUACAAAAGUUUGUAAUCUUUAUUGUAGAAUAAGAAAAUUUGAGAGAGAAUAAUAUGUAUUUCUUUAUUAAUAAUAGACGCUUUAUAUAAA